UUACAUAAUGGUGUGCACAUAUCAACUCACGCGAAAUGUUCGGCUGGAGAGGUUGAUCUGACCCAUGAAAUCAAUUGCCAGUAAUACACCAAUAAUCCACAAUAAAUGUAAUAUCGAUUCGAUGGACUGUAAUGAUCUAUAUCUAAGCCUUCAUUCAGGCACACUUAUCAAUUCAGAUGGCCAAGAUGGAGGCCAGAUAUUUGCUACAGUUGCACGCUAUAAGGGACGUUUGGUGAUGGUGAAGAGGAUAAACAAAGCCAAGAUUGAACUAACACGAGACGUUCUAAUGGAACUUAGAAAUAUGAGAAAUUUGGAACACACAAACAUUGUUCGUUUUGUUGGCGCAUGCGUGGACCCUCCCAAUCAGACCAUAAUGACUGACUACCUUCCACGAGGGAGCUUACAGGAUAUUUUGGAGAACGAUCAUCUGAAACUAGACUGGAUGUUUCGACAGUCUUUGCUGAUGGACGCAGUCAGGGGGAUAUACUACCUCCAUGACAGUGUAAUAGGUGUUCAUGGACGACUGACGUCAUCAAACUGUGUAGUCGAUGGCAGAUUCGUUCUCAAACUAACUGACUUUGGGAUCCCAUCACUGAGGAAGUCCAGUAUUGACAGCGAAAACAAAUACAAACUGUUAUGGAAAGCUCCAGAACACCUCAGGAACCCUAUUAACCCUCCCACUAAAGAAGGGGAUAUGUAUAGCCUUGGUAUCAUCAUGCUUGAGAUAGGUACAAGGGCAGGACCAUUCGACGAAGAACGGAAGUUCAUGGACACUGACCAGAUCUUGGAUUGCUUAAAGUCAACGACCACUCAACCACCGUUUCGUGCCUUGAUUCCUGAUGAGUCGUGGAGCCCUGAAAUCAAGGAUCUAAUGAAGAGAUGUUGGGAAGAGACCCCAAGCGAUCGACCUACUGCUGGUACUCUUCACUCUACACUCAAGAAAGUUAACAAGGGGAUGUCCAGCGGUGGUAACAUUUUGGACAAUCUAUUGAAUCGUAUGGAACAAUACGCCACAAACCUGGAAGCUUUGGUCGAAGAGAGGACAGCUGCUUUCUUAGAGGAGAAGAAACGAUCAGAGACACUGCUUUAUGAAGUACUACCUAGAUCGGUAGCAGAGCAGCUGAAGAUUGGCAAGUCUUUUGAUCCCGAGUCUUAUGAGAGCGUCACCAUUUUCUUCAGCGAUAUUGUGGGCUUUACCGCCAUCUCCUCCGAGAGUACACCCCUUCAGGUGGUUGCUCUUUUGAAUGAUCUGUAUACAUGUUUUGAUGGUAUCAUAGCCAACUCCGACGUUUACAAGGUUGAAACUAUUGGCGAUGCUUACAUGGUAGUAUCUGGAUUGCCUAUCAGGAAUGGUAUUACGCAUGCUCGAGAGAUUGCUGUGAUGUCUUUAUCUCUCUUGGAAGCUGUCAAGUCUUUUAAGAUUCGACAUCGACCUGGUGAACAGCUCAAGUUAAGAGCAGGAAUACAUUCUGGUCCAUGCGUUGCUGGUGUGAUUGGUUUGAAGAUGCCUCGUUAUUGUCUCUUUGGUGACACGGUUAACACCGCAUCUCGAAUGGAAUCAAAUGGUGAAGCCAUGAAGAUCCAUACGAGUUUGAAUUGCAAGAAAAUCUUGGAUAAAUUUCAUGCUUUUGAAGUUGAGCUGAGAGGGCAAGUAGAGAUGAAGGGCAAAGGCUCGCAGACGACAUACUGGUUGAUAUCACAUAAUUCAAUGGAGAAAUCAAACUUCUAACAUUAAGAAAAUCUACUCAAUUUGCAAAAAAAAAUGUGUUUGAAUCUUUGAACGUUCAACACGAAACUCGUGUUUCAUGCUGACGAUCUCUAUUUUAGCACUAUAGGACCUACACUGCAAAAACUCCGGUGUUGAUUUAACACCAGCCCGGAAUCUAUAUCUGUCCACACCAGAGUAUUGAAACAACACCAGUUUGGAAUCAAACCGAUGCUGUUUUAAUACUAAUUGGUGUUGUAUAAACACCUUUCUGGUGUUUGACCAAUUGAAACUGGUGUUGUUUAACACUUCUCUGGUUUGGACAUAUAUAGCUUCCGGGCUGGUGUUACAUCAACACCGGAGUUUUUGCAGUGUACCUUCUAUCUCACGAUGAUGUGGGUUCCAAUAGAACAACUGCUAUUACAAAUACUAGUACCAGAACUAUAUUUGCAUUCUGAUAUACUAUCACCAUGGACCUAUAGGUCCAUGCUAUCACUAACCAAUGCAAUUCAUAUUAAUUUGUGUACCCUGGUGAAGUAGAUGCAAACUCGUGUAUAUCUUGUGUUAUAUCGGAUCCUGAAAAAAAAAAUGAAUAUAUAUAUAUAUUGGAGCAUACUCGUUGGUUUAUUUAUGACCAGCGGAUUUAUUUUAAAACUGUUGACUAGUGAUUGUUAUGAGAUAAUGGUGACAAGUAAGAACCCUGCAUCAUUAUGUAAUAAAACAAAUGAAACACAUCAAUUUCUUUGAGCAUUGAUAACAACAACGCACACACAGUAUUUUGAAAACAUCCCAAAUCGCCCUCGAUUACCGUCUUGGGGACAUGGUUUCAAAAGUAUUUCUAACUCAUUUUCUCUCAGAUGUGCAAAACUUGUCUAGGUUGUUACGGGGAGAACUUUUCAAUACAUAUUUCAUAAUUAUGUUCAAAAGUAUUUCUUGAAAACAUUCCAAAUUAUUUAUUUAUUUGCGGUAGCUGCAUGGUGAGCAUGUCACAAAUAUUGAACAAGUGCAAUCUGUAUCUUGGUGCAAAUAUAAAAAUAAUUAAAAAUUUAAAGUGCAAUUGGAAUAUAUGAAUUUCAAAGAAUACUGUACAUAUUAAUAUUCAUAGUUGUGUACAUGAAAACGUAAAUUAAAAUAUGUUUAUGAAAUAAAGUUAACUUGUGAUUUGUAUUGUAAUUAAUGUAAUAAACAUGCUUUACAUUGAUUGAUAAGUUUAAAGAAAUGCCAAUGAAUAGGCCUUUACAUUAUUAUUGGUGGUUAAUAUGAUCUAAAUUCCACGCUAGGAUAAGACAUAUAAGAUCAUUGUAUGGUAAAAUUAGCAUUGUAUUUAUGCAUAUACAAUAUUUCACAAAUCAUACACAUGGCUUAACAUAAGUUUGUUUAUCCAAAAUUAUCACAUAAAACGUGGUCCCAAAGUUAAAAUUCGUAAGUCUUAGGUUACCUUGAGUACUAUGGGCUAAAUAAUACUUCACAAUUUUAAAAUACAUUUAAAGAAAGGAAUGAUUUAUUAUUGCAUAAAAACACACACCAAUUGAGUUGCUUCUAUGUCUAUUCCUGUAUAUAUUUUAAAUUGUUUUACCGUUCACAGUAAUAUUGAUCCUAAAUCAUCGCGAACAAGGUAUAACAAUUGUGUAAUAAAUGCUUUAGAAAUCUCUUUGUUUUUAAUAUCUAAUCAUUGUCUAAAGGAACAUGUUUUUAGCAAACAGGAUAAACAAUAGAUCGAAACCUCGCUGAUAAACUUGAGAGCAAAUCUAAAAAAAUUGUUAUGUAACAAUAAGUAUUGAUAUGUAUGUUAUUAAUUAAUUUAAGUAAAUGUUAAACGGUGAUGAAAUAAUGUGUUUAGUGUAAUGCAGUUAUUUUUUUUCUAAAAAUCCUUAAUUGUGAUGACAUAUCAAAUUCAUGUACGGUAUUUUGUGCUCAUUCGUGCUUCACUUUACUAUUAAAGACAUUUUUGCAUGGUGUAUUAUUAUAUGAAAGUUUUGUUUGAAUUAAUUAUAUAUGUUUCUUACGGAUAUUUAUAUCACAUAACUACUGUGUGCAAGCCAGAUCUACCCCCUUUCAAAUUUAAUCAUGAUUUCACAGUGAUGGACAGAAAUGCAUAUCUCAAUAUCCAAUAAAAUUCCCUUAGCGUUA